AAAUGAUCCGCCGAGUUCCUUUUGAAAUUCUAAAGGUGAUUGGCUACGCUCUGUGAGGGUGGAUUUCACUGACGCAUUCCGUUUGGAACAAUAAAUAGAGCGACCAAGGAUCCUUCCAGUUCACAAGUCUGAGAAGACGCAUGAAGAAGUUCUUGCUUCAACAGUGAUUGAACGGAACUCCUCUGCCUUCGUCCCGCAAUAAUCGAACAUUCCGGAUUGAUAACACAUCACUGACUUGAACUGUAAUAGCAAAAUAGUCUAAGAAACUCUAUUUUUAUACCUUUCAUUUUGAUAUUAAAGAAUCUGCCGAGAUGGAGUCUCAGAUCCGCCAGAACUAUCACCACGAUUGCGAAGCUGCCAUCAACCGGAUGAUCAACUUGGAGAUGUUUGCCUCCUACACCUACACUUCAAUGGCUUUCUAUUUCUCCCGUGACGAUGUGGCUCUGCGUGGCUUCGCACAUUUCUUCAAGGAGAACAGCGACGAGGAGCGGGAGCACGCCGACAAGCUACUCUCCUUCCAGAACAAGAGAGGUGGACGCAUUUUACUCCAGGACAUCAAGAAGCCAGAACGUGAUGAGUGGGGCAAUGGGCUGGAGGCCAUGCAGUGUGCUCUGCAGCUGGAGAAGAAUGUGAACCAGGCCCUGCUGGACCUGCACAAGAUUGCCUCUGACAAGGUUGACCCCCAUCUGUGUGACUUCCUGGAGACCCAUUACCUGAAUGAGCAGGUGGAGGCCAUUAAGAAGCUGGGAGACCACAUCACCAACCUCACCAAGAUGGAUGCUGUCAAAAACAAGAUGGCAGAGUACCUGUUUGACAAGCACACCCUGGGAGGCCAGAGCUAAACCACUUCCAUCCCCAGGCUACGGCCUCCAGCCUCAGACCAGGACUCCUGACUUCUCUGAUCGAUCCUCCUAGCUUUGCAUUUAUAGGGAGGGGAAUGUUAAACUGGUUCAUUGCAACACUGCUGUGACAUUGAUGUUUCUGUUGACAACACUAUACUGUAUUUUGGAUGCAAGGCUUCUUGUUAAACAAUAAACAAACUUCAGUGAUA